AAAGAGAUUUUAAAUCUGUAACAAAGUCUAUUCACCCCCCUCCUCUAGACUUUGUAUUUCACCACUUUGGGACCACCAAUUGGUAUCGGAGCCGUCUUCUCACUAUCUACGUUUAGAUUAACGAGAAGCGAUCAAAAUGGUGAACAAUAUGGAUCACGGUUUGCCCAAGUUUUCUCUUCUAGGUUAUGAUGAUUGGAAGAUCAUGAUGGAAGCACACCUCUACGCUCUACAUGAUUGCUUGUGGAUGGUGCUUGAGGAUGGACCCUUGAAAAUUCAAAUGGAGAAUCCUGAGAGGAAUCCAGCAACUCCAGACGUAGUCCAGUACAUUCUAAAGCCCAAGGAAAAAUGGGAUGAUAGAGAUUGCAAAAAGCACAAUCUGGAUAACGUUGCCAAAGCAGCCAUCUUCAAGACACUUGACCCCAUCACCUUCUCCAAAAUUAAGCACCUCAAGACUGCCAUGGAGAUAUGGCAAGAAAAGAAUGUAAGGUUGCUGAGAUCUCUUCCAAAUGAGUGGUACACCAAAGCCACAACCAUGGAAGAAGGAAGAAAUCUGGAGAACUACACUGUCCAAGGUCUUCUUGAUGAGCUCAGAACCUAUGAGCACGAGCUGAAGAAGAAGAAGGAAGAACAAGUCACUCCCUUCCCCACGGCACUGAUGACAACUCCAAGAGUCCCAUCAAGUGAAGGGACAUGCCCAAGGAACUGUGACACACCCUCCUCCAGUCAGCCGUCAAGUUCAAAAAUGGAGAACUACAAUGAGGAAUUUGCCAUGAUGGUCAAGCAAUUCCGGAAGUUCAAAAAGUUCUUCAAGAAAGCUGACUCAGUCAGAAGGCCAUCCAAGGGAAAGCCACAGCAUGAUCAUGAGGUUCUGGAUCUAUCAGACAAGGAUGAAGAAGUCAAUAAAGGAGAUAGAAUGAAGCCCUCGGAAUUCAUUCCAUUCAGAAGUCUGCCUCUGAAGAUUUCACAGAGAAAUCCGGAUUCAGACAGUGCUGAGCCCUCCGGAAAUUUUGACCAGCCUUCCAAUAUUCCGGAUAUCUCAAACGGCGACAAUUCCGGAAAUGGCGACCCAGUGCCAAUCCAUUCGAAAACACCAACAACUUCUGUUCUUCAACCAGAAGCUGAACUAGAUCAACCAGUCAAUCCCAAUCAACACAAUCUUCGUUGGUUAAGGGAUCAUCCUCCUCAACAGAUCAUUGGAGAUAUUCAAUCUGGUGUUCGCACAAGGAGUGCCCAACAGAAUCUAGAAGCUAUGCUUGCUUGUUUCAUCUCACAAGUGGAACCAAA